AUGAUGGCAACAGCUCAUCGACCCCUAGGCACAAUUUUGAUGAUACAGUCCAUGGUUGUUGCGGAAGCGCACCGCCGUGGAGGACUCGGAAAACACAUGUUGACAAAUUACCUAGAAUUUGUCUGCGGUGAGAGUUUGAAACAGCCCGUGUUGGAAGUAGCUAUAGUUGCCGAAAAGGAAUAUUUCAAUUUCUUCCUGACUGCAGGUUUUUCGAUCAUGAGACCGCUAACACUAGUUGAUGGAAAGGAUCAACAGUAUCUCUUCCAGAAAUCCCUCGAGCUAAAGAAAAUUGGGAGAGAAUGUUAUAUCGUGGAUAGUUUCGCUGCGGAGGCGGGUACUGGGAACCCAGCUGGUGUUGUUUUAUUGCCCGAGGAUUCUGACGAGAAGGCACUUUCCAACUGGAUGCAAAAUGUUGCCGCUGAGUUCAAUCUUUCCGAAACUGCGUUUUGCUGGCCCCGAGCUGCUUCUGAGUGCUCAAAUAGUGAGCUGCAUUGGAACAUUCGGUUUUAUACACCAACAGUUGAGGUCGCGCUCUGUGGUCAUGCGACUCUGGCUUCUGCUGCUGUGCUAUAUCAAAUUCUUCCCAACUCAUCGCAAUCUCGAAUCGUCUUGCAUGCUCUUGAAGAUCUAUUAACAACGGAACUUGCUAAAAAUGCAGACAAUCAUGGUCUUCGCCAAAGGAAAAUAUGUAUGGAAUUUCCAGCGAAGCCUCCAAUCGAGAUCACUGCAAACAAGGACAAGAAUAUAAUUUCAAACAUGAUGAAGGAGGCAUUCUCUUGUCAGCUAGAGCCGUUGUAUGUUGGGUUAUCAGAGAUUGGAGAUAUUUUGGUUGAAGUUACGAGAGAGUCAUUUGAAAACAUUGGUUUCGAAAAUUUGAAUUAUUCGGCCCUGCUGGAAUGGGACGGUUAUUCCCGAGGAAUUAUAGUCUGUAGUUCCAAUGAUACGGUUGACAAUAAGGAAGGGAAUUUCGAUUUUCUAUCCCGUUUUUUUGGGCCAAAAGCCGGUAUAAACGAGGAUCCAGUCACUGGUUCAGCGCAUUGUGCACUGGCUCCAUAUUUUGCAUCGAAGUUGGGCAAGGACUCUGUAGUUGGAAAGCAGAUGUCAGUUCGUGGAGGAUUUGUUGAAUGCAUGGUAACAGGAGAGAGUGUACAAUUAACUGGAACCGCGAUAACAACGAUGAGUGGCGUUUUGUGGAUAUAG